GUGCGCAACACGCGGGGCUGUGCGAAAGUUUUACAAUGGCGUUCUUUAAUCGUGCUAACCUUAAUACGCUCUCUUUGUUAAAUCGUUGUUAUUGCAAAUUCACAACUAGUACGGUAAAAUUCAAAGCGAACAAGCGCACCACGGUGUUUUCCAGUGCAUUUCACGAAAGGAACAAUAGCCAAAGUGAAAAGACGUCGGCUAACACCAAGCUCACAGCAUUUGAAGUCGAAAUUGCCAAGAGGAGGGAUCAAGCAUGUCGAAGUAUAUUGGUACAAGUGUACUCCGUGAAUUCUUACAACGAUCUCCAAAAUUAUUGUAUUCAAUUCGGAACGAUUCUGAGUAUGCAUCACUAUCGAAGCAAUAAACAACGUAAUUAUAUACUGGUUGAGUUUAACGAUGAAGCAACAGUGAAAAAGAUUUUAUCAUCUGCUACCUUUGCAAAUUCUGAUUUAAUUGUCCCAGUAAAAUCAUCAGUAUUGUGGUUUUCUAAAAACCAAUUUAGCCAGAAAUCACACAACAAUAAUAAAAAUAUAAUAAUAACCGCAGAAAAUAAUAAUUUAUAUCCUACUGUGAAGCAAAUCUCAAAUAUAUUGUACCAUUCAAAAUCGAUAUCAGGACAAAUACUGCAUCUGUACGAUGCAUUGAAAUUGAGCGAAUUAGAAACAAGACUGAGAUUUCAUACUGCGCAUCAUUUAGAAGAAUAUUUCUCCGGAUUAUUUUGCAGAAUGAAGGUCCUGCCGUUUGGUUCGUCUAUAAACGGCUUCGGGAGGAAAAGAUGCGACCUUGAUUUAGUUCUCGUCCCCGAUGCUAAUAUAAAUAACCCCACGAGCAGAUUGAUAUUUCAUUCAAAGUCCAUGAAAUUUAACGAAAGAUAUGAGGCGAAGGAAUUUAUGGGAAUACUUGCAAACACCAUGCAGCACUUUAUCCCUGGAAUCGAGAACGUACGAAGAAUCUUUGAGGCUCGAGUACCCAUCAUCAAAUUCAAUUUCGAAUACACCGAACUUGAGUGUGACCUAAGCACAACGAACAUGUCCGCUGUGUACAUGUCGGAACUGUUGAAUCUAUACGGAGAGAUAGAUUGGCGGGUUAGGCCGCUUGUUCUUAUGAUACGUAAAUGGGCGAAGAUUCAAGAGAUAACGAGCGAGUCACCGGGCCACUGGAUAACAAAUUUCUCUCUCUCGUUGUUGGUAUUAUUCUACUUGCAGCAGAAAAAUAUAUUGCCAUCGUUAAGAGCGUUGAGAAUAUACGCGACAUGCGAUGACGCUCGUCAUUCAGAGAACGGCAUCGACUGUACCUUCCUGCGAGACGUCCAGAAAUUACCGAACGAAUACAAGUACAAAUUGAAUCAAGACGAUUUGGAGCAUCUUCUGUUUGGUUUCUUCGAAUACUUUUCGACGUUCGAUUUUUACAUGAAAGGAAUAUGCAUUCGCGAAGGCGUACCGAUCAGGAAACCGUCGCACUCAGCGCUUCACAUUGUCAAUCCGCUCGAGACAACACUGAACGUUAGCAAGAAUGUGAGUAUCUUCGAGCUGAAUCGGUUGACAGAAAAAGCGCACGAUGCCAUCUUCACGUUAGAGACUUCCGACAAAUCCAAAUACACCAACUGGGGCAUUAUGAAUUUAUUAAAGAUAAACAACGUGAACAUGGCGAAUUUUUCGCAGUUAAACGUUACGGAAAGUCCAAAUGUCGCAAAUAACUCUCUAAAAAACCAUUCCCAUGAAAUUCCUGAGAAGAUCGUAAAUGACGAUGACAUACAGCCGAAAAAGAAAGAAACGGUAUGAUAGCAGAACAAGUAGCAAUGGCGCAAUUUGUCCCCGUGGAAAUGCAGGGGACAAUUGUUACUAAUUAUUUAUAACAAUAACUUGGUAUUGACUGAUUUUGAUGAUGAAAAAAGAACGAAAAUCGAAUCAUCCGUACACUCGAUUGUGAAACGGCCCGUGAACGCAUCGUUUCUGACGAAGUCCAGAGCACAGUCGGUGUCCAGUGAGAGAGAGAGGGAGAGAGAGAGAGAGAGAGAGAGAGAGAGAGAGAGAGAGAGAGAGAGAGAGUUUCUGAGAAACAUUCUCCCAUUGGACAUCGGCUGCUCUCCGAACUUGAUCAGAGAAAACGUGUGCGUGCAGAGACAUUCUCAUUGAAUUUGUUAGCACAAAGUGCAUGAUUUUCGACAAGAUCGGUGAAAAUGGGUGGAUCCCUGAAAGGCUUAUGGUAUAUGCGAAAAGAAAGAUCGUACACGUUUCCAUUGCAAGUAAUUAUACUCGUUGUAUCAUAACACGUGCAUUGUGCAUAUAGGAAGGAAAUAACUGUGUAUGUAAAUAUGAUAUAAAUAAGUUAUAAAAAAUCGCAAUCAGUCAAAUUGA